CACCUUUGUUGUCUGUGGAGGAGCUCGUUCUGUCAUGUUGAAGACAACGUGCCAUGGUGUGAUCAUUUGCUCUCUGUUUCACCCGACACCAGACAAACCAAUCUAAACAUGAUCCAGAUAUCGAGUUCAGUCAGUUCCUUAAAGUCUCAUAGAUCCUCUAGCGUGUCUUGACGGAUUAUAUGUGACAACAAGCAUAGUGUUGUUAUUCCACAGCUUCGUUUUAUAUCCGCGACGAUUCCAGUCUCCAAAGAACUGCCACUGACAGACCGAUCUACUUUCUCAAUUCGGAUUCCUUGUGCUUGUUCUCCCCUUUACAGAAGAACUGGUGCAGUCUCUGUGCUCUUCAUUGCAUAUGUUUGUUUAUGUCCAAUGAAAUAUACAUAUAUCAACAACAAGACUCUCGCAAAUAGUGAAUUUCUAAUAUAAUCAAAGUGUGGAGGUAGUGUGCUGGACCCCUGGCCAUAGGCUACAGAAUAUCAGAUUAUUAGCUUAAAGGUUCCUAAAAAGUAUUUCCCACAAUGCUCAGCAGCAGCAAGUAGAAUUCUGGAUAAACCGAUAACUAUAACGUAAUAGUGCACGAUUUGUAUUCACGUAUACUUGUACGUAUUUAUACCAUGGGUUUUGGAAGUAUUCCGACGCCUUCAGUUUUUCCUCGUUUUCCUACAUUACAUUACUCACGGUAAAAAUACUGUAAGUAGGUUUUCAAUACACUUUAUCGAAUUACGUACCGUCACAAGGUUUUCUCGAUCCCUGUAGCUUAAAAGCGUCCCCAAAACACGAGGCUACCACCACCAUGCUUCACUGUAAGGAUGGAAUUUGGCAGGUGAUGUAGUCAUUUUUUUUUUUUUUUAGAGCAUAGUAUCUGAUUUCUCAAGUUUUCAGGUGCCUUUUGGCAAACACCAUGCAAGCCAUCAUGUGAUUUUUUUUUACUGAUGAGUGGCUUCUGUCCAAUCACUCUACUGAGAUAAUGUUUUACUCUGUCACUGUGUCUUUCCAAAUCCUGUCUGAUCACCUAAAGUUAUCACAGGUGACCUUUAACCAGAUUGUAAAAGCGUCUGAAAAAAGAUCAAUACAUUCGCCUCAACUCACUUUUCAGCUUAAUAGCAAAGAACACUUAUGUAAAUGUAAUAUUUCUAUUUUUUUUGAAUUUACAAAACAAUUUUUUCUUUUACGGAGCAUUUUGUUGAUCACUGUUACGCCCGGAUUGUCGGCGCCCUCUAUCCCAUCCGUCGGUGGAAAUGAUCCAACAUCUGACUACCAUAAUAUUAAAUGGGUGAUAAUGUAUUGUUAGAACAUAGUCAGUGACACUGAAAUGGCGGUGUUGUUUUGUACACCGCGUCCACUUACUGGCCACUUUAUUAGACACACCCACCUUAUUGGUGCACCACGUAGAGAUCCUGUAAAUACCAUAGAUCAUUUAUUUUCACCAAUAGUUGGUGGACUGUUCUCAACCCCAGCAGAUUUGAAAAACCCUUUCCCCUGACAAUAUCAGAUAUCAGAUGAGGUCGUUCGUGGACGUGGUGAAAGAUAAGCCUAGGACGUGAAGUUUCCAGAGAAAUAAAAUGUCCCAGACAUGCAAAGUGCUACUAUACGUAUGGAUUAUGUGUGGAGAAUUUUCCCCCCUAAUCAACUUACAAAAUGCUCCAUUAUGAAAUAUCAGUUAUAUCGGCUUCCCUUGUGAUCUCGCUCAUCGACAACAUGCUCACUGGACGUCGCGCCAUUCUGUAUACACUCUAUUCCUGGAGCAUAUCUGGCACCAACAACCUGUAUCUGCAUUCGUUGCUCUGCUGUUACAUGAUUAACGGCUUGAACAAUUGCCGAAUGAACGAAUGAAGUGUGUGGUGAGUGGAUGUAAAUCAUUCAUCUUCAGAAGCCCUUUUCAGUCUGGGUGUGAGCUGGCAGGAAUCACCCUGAAUGGGAUGCCAGUCCUCACACAUCCACAGCUAGGGAUCAAUCAUAGUAGCCAACUGAUUACUGGCAUGUUUUUGGGAGGUUGGAGGAAAACCAUGCAGAACCAGCAAGAACAUGCAACUCCACACAGACCAGAGCCGGAGCUCAGGCUUGAACUGCUUUGAGAAGUCUAUUGAAUGCGAAUACAUUGCAUAUAAAUUCACUCUCGGUGUACAACACAUGAGAAUUAUACAUCGCGAGCAUAGAGAAGUACAUGACACAAAAAAAUAAAAAUGGAAUUCUUUUUAACUUUCAUUAGCAGCACCGAGCAAGUCCUUAGUAGUAGCUGCUCUUGGGUUCAACCCUGUUGAAUUGUUGGAAAUAAAAAUUCCAGGCAGUUUAACAUUUUAACUGGCAUUCACUGUUUCCCUACAGCACUGUCAAUGACAAGUCAUAACACGCUUCGGUGAAGCAAAGAAGGAUUAAACCUGAGUACAGUGGAGAAGUAGGGGGUGCUAAAGUUGCCAAAAGUGUAAAGUCUUAGACGUGAAGAACACUCAUGAGACACGAGUGAGAGAGUGUGUGUGUGUGUGUGUGUGAAAAUGAGUAGGCAGAAACAAGAGCAGAGGAGGAACUCAAAAGCUGUUCUCUCUCUUCUCAGUCCGUGAGUGAGUUUAAGUCAGGGCACCAGCUCUGCUGAUGGCGCAUGUGUGAGCGUGAGAGAUCCCCAGUGUGUUUGGUCUACAAGGCUACAUAUUAAUGCAAGGUUGACAGCACUACUUGUUACGUCUCUGAAGGUUUCAACUGGAGGCCAAUGUGAGAGGUGGAGAGAAUUUGCCUUGGCAGAGUUCCAUGUAGUAGGAGCUACGAUGUCGUCCUACAAUGUCAAACUGAGGAGAGCUGGAAUCGCUGACUAUGACACACAGAUUAAAGAGGUUCGUAAUCAGCUCUCUGAGCAGCUGCGUGUGUUUGAUAAUCAUUUGGAGCAGAAAACCCAGGUGCUGCAGGAUCUGAGUGAUUAUCUGCGCAGACGUGGGGAGAUCGAGGGCGAGUAUGCACGCUCUUUGGACAAACUUGCUGACAGGUUUGCCUCAAAGACCAAAAAGAAGGAGUCCAGCAGUGAAUCUGUGUUGAAGUGCUGGCAGGAGUUGUUGACUCAGACACGUCAUGAGAGUAAAGAUCACAUCACACUGAGUGAGAACUGCGGCACUACUUUACCCCAGCAGCUGUCUCGCUGUCUGGAGCUCGUUCAGCGCCUGGCUAAGAAAAAUAAAGAAAUUAGCACCCAGUUACAGGAUGGGCUGCUGAAGGUCACAGUCGAGCUGCAGACUACGCUGAAGACAUAUUCACAGUAUCACACUGAGUACUUGUCGGCUGAGGGCAAACUAAAAGAAGCCACCAAACAGGAAGAGAAACAAAAACUGAGCGCAGCCAAGAAAAUGGAAAGACUCAUCGAAAAGAGGCAAUGUAAAGUACAGGAGACUCAGCUGAAAUGCACCAAAGCACGCAAUGACUAUCUGUUCAACCUGGAAGCUACAAACGCGUCCAUGAACAAAUAUUACCUACAAGAUCUCUCUGCCCUUAUUGACUUCAGCGAUUUAGGUUUCCAUCAGUCCCUGUCCCAAGUGCUUCAGUUUUACCUGUCCAGACGCUUGCAGGCCCACCAGAACCUGGGUUCUGGAUUGCAGCAGUUGGGCAACGCACUCUCUGGUCUGGAUCAGAACCAGGACAGAGACACACUGAUACAGGCUCAUGAUACGGCUUUCUGCAUGCCACUUCGAUUUCAGUACCAGCCUCACGAGGGAGACCAGGUAUGUGAAGUGAAUGCUGAUUUUGAGGUGAAGAGUGAGCUUGAUACUCGAUUCCACCAGCUGAAGACCAGACUCAACACGGUUACUGCAGAGAAUGAAGAGUUGAGUAAAAUGCUGCAGCUUUCUCAUUCUGCCCUGAUUGAGUACAUCACUGAGGAUGUCUUCAGGCCUGAACACAGCCAGUCUCUAGAGAACAUCAGUGAAACGUCUAACAAUAAGAUCAAUCAAGCAAGACGUCGAUCCAAUUUGCAAGAGACAGAAAACUCGUACUCUACGAAAUUUAAGGACCAUCUGAUUAACGGCUUAUUAAUAUCGAAACUACAGGCAAAGCAUGACCUACUCCAAGUUGCAAUACAAAAAGCUGGAACUGUGGAUGGUCGGCAUCACAGAAUGCGUUCCAGGAGGUCUGUCCGUCAGAGGAAGAACCAGCAUGACUCUCAGAUCUGCCAGAAAGCUUUCUCUCGAGACCUGCUCGCUUACAUCCAGGCUUCUGGAGAACCCAUUCCUUUGGUGGUAGAGAGCUGCAUCAGAUUCAUCAACCUUCAUGGCCUGCACCAUGAGGGCAUCUUUCGAGUCCCAGGCUCUCAGCUGGAGGUCAAUCGGCUCAGAGACCUGUUCGAGAAAGGAGACGACCCUCUGGCUGAGGAAAUUUGUGACUUGGACUCAGUGGCUUGUGUGCUGAAGCUCUAUUUCAGAGGAAUGGAAAACCCGCUUUUUCCUAAAGACAGCUAUGACCUACUGAUGGAGUGUGGACGAAUAGAAGAUGAAUCAGAGAAAGUAGCACAGUUAAAGGCAGUUAUUCUUUCCUACCCUUCUCCAGUAGUUGUGGUGAUGAGAUACCUGUUUGCAUUCCUCCACCAUAUCUCCCAAUACAGCGAUGAAAACAUGAUGCAGCCCUACAACCUGGCUGUGUGUUUCGGACCCAGUCUGAUUAGAGGGCCUGAGGACGCAGAUGCUGUUACUCUCCAGCACAUCAAUGCUCUUGUCAAAACAAUCAUUAUCCAGCAUGAGAGCAUCUUCCCCAACCAGAAUGAAUUAGACGGACCUGUGUAUGAGACAUGCAUGACGCUAGAGCCAGAUGAUACUGAGGCUACUACAGAGGAGUCAGAAGUGGAACCAGACAUGUCUCCAAACAAAGAAGUCAAAGAUGAGCUGGAAGGAGUGGCCUUGUUCGACUACACGGCCCGUUCCUCAACUGAGCUGUCCUUCAAACAGGGUGGGCGUGUCCGCCUUUACAGCAGAGCCUCUUCUGAAUGGUGGAGAGGAGAAAUAGACGGCUCUAAGGGGCUUAUCCCGAAUAAAUACAUCAGUGUGUCGAGCAUGGAGGGAGGGCAGGAGCACAAAGAAAUACGCAACAGUGGAAGCCAGGGAGAGGAUCAGCCAACCGGGCCGACACAAACACGGAUCAAAGUGUUCAGUGACAAGUCAGGGCUCGGUUCCAGCCAAGCUAUUGCGGGGAAGAUUUCCUUACAGUUACCCACAGCGCAACUCUUGAGCACUUCUCCGAGGGCUUUACGAAAAACAGACAUCCAGAUAAGAAGGACUGCAGCGGACAGCGAAAGAGAGGACGCCAAACUAUCGGUGGACAAGGAGGUGUGUCAACAGAUGAACUCUGUCUUCAAGGAGCUUCUCAUUCGCCAGCAACAGCAGGAGCAGGUCUCUUCAUCUUCUGUCCCACCCUCGUAUCCCUCAGGCUCCACGCAAACCUUUAACAAGAGAGGAAUGACCCCGCAGAAAGGAAAAGGCUAUUUUAAAUCAUCUGAACAGAUGAACUGAGAAAUGAGAGGAAUGAAAUCUUGAGACACAGUGAGACUGAUGAGAAGAGACGUGCACAAGAGGUCUGUUACUACAAACAAAAAAAGAGAACUUAAAUACGUGUUCCUGUAAUGGCAUGGUAAUCUGUGGUUCUGAUGUAGUUCCUCAUGAUAUUUAUUUUUUUAAUCCCUUGAUAAAUGCAGUGCAGACGAUUUCUCGGACUAGUCUAUGAUCAUGUUACAUGACGAUAGCACUGCGGUAACUUCCUAAUUUAUGCUUGUUUUCAUCAAAUCCUCAGUGGCCUAAUUCAGUUCACUCAGCUUAAGUAGUAAUUUAUUUGCUUUGGCUAUUUAUUUUCCAAAUUGUGCAGAACAGUCUACAGAUGUUUGGUGUUUUGCAAUAAAAAAAAAAAGUACAACAUA